ACAGAGUCAUCUCACAGACCAGCUCAAGUCUGAAACAUCGAGCACCUAAAGACAAGCCCACCCGCGCCACCUCUUCCCAAUUGCGUGUCAGCAUGGUUUCCUCAGCUGAGUUCAGGCGCGUGUUCGCGGCGUUCGACCAGGACGGCGACGGCAAGAUCUCCGAGGCCGAGCUGCGGCUCUGCAUGAAGGCGGCACUCGGCGGCGACAUGUCGGCCGAGGAGGUGCAGGCCCUGAUGGCGACCGCGGACACCGACGGCGACGGGUUUCUGGAUGAAGAGGAGUUCGUGAGACUGGUGGAAGAGGCGGGUACUCGGGAGGAAGAGGGAGACAGGUGCAGGGAGGCGUUCGGGAUGUACGAGAUGCAAGGCAGAGGCUGCAUCACGCCGCUGAGCCUGAAGCUGAUGAUGAGCAGGCUGGGCUUGCACCUGGACGUCGGCGAGUGCCAGGCCAUGAUCCGAAGGUUCGACAUGAACGGAGAUGGGGUGCUCACCUUCGACGAGUUCAAGACCAUGAUGAUGAUGGGUUAAUGAUAUUGGGCUGGCUGAGAAGAGAUGCGCUGUUCCUCAGCCUAAGCUAGCUAUGCAUCGCUGUUCAUUGGACUGAGCCGUUCGUU